GAUGGUAUUUUUUAUCGUUAUCGUCACGGUCACACUGGCUGGCAUCGAAUUUUCUUCUUUUUUAUUUAUAAUGGAAUUGUCGCCAAACAAUCAAAUCGAGGACCGAAAACCCAUCAUUACAGCCGACGGUCUGGUGCAAACCUCCAACUCUCCCUUCGAGCCGACCAUAUCCCAGGAGACGCAGACCUCCAACGGCGUCGGCACCCAGCUGACGGUGGACCAACUGGACAUUGAAAUUCUGCCAAUAAUCUACGACGUUGUGCGCUGCGUGGAAAAGGAUCCACUUGAAAACGCUGUGAAGCUGCGCGAGUCUCAGGACUGCAACCACAAGAUCUUCGAACUGCAGAAGCGCUUCGAGUCAGCGCGCGAGCAAAUCAGGCAGCUGCCCGGCAUCGACUACAACAAGGACGAGCAGUUGCAACGCCUCGAACUGCUGCGGAAUCAACUGAAGCUGAAGCAGCAGCUCAUACGCAAGUACAAGGACACUGAAUUCUAG